AUGGAAAACCAAGGAGAAACCCCAGAGAUGAUGAAGACCGAUAUCCAACAAUUGAAGAGUCAGAUGAGUCAAAUCUUGGAGGCCUUGAAUGCCAUGCAAAACCCUGGAGAGACGUGCACACCACAACAACACAGGGUUCAGGAAAACCAGACUUGUCCUCCAUCUAGCCUCCCUUCAGAUUACACUCCACCCCCUGGAGUGGACUCGAGGAAAGUUUACGUUCAAAAUGUUGAAAACAAUGCGGUUAAAGAAGAAAAUAAGCUUGAAGCUGCUACUUCCACAUGUUCUGGGGAAACCACUCAUCCAAAUAUAGUGAACAUGGUAGAGACAAAGCAACAUGAUGUGAAGUCUAUCGCUGCACCUGGGGACGUUAAGGACGAAGAAAGUAAAUUAGAAAUGCUUGAUAAGAGGUUGAAAGCCAUAGAAGGGGAAAGGAAUUUCGCAUUCAGUGAUGCUACUGGACUAUGCUUGGUCCAAGACGUGGUGAUACCCCCAAAGUUCAAGUUGCCAGAAUUUGAGAAGUAUCGAGGGAAUACUUGUCCAAAGAACCAUAUAACCAUGUUUUGUAGGAAGAUGACUGCCUAUGCUCAUGAUGAAAAGCUACUAAUUCACUUCUUCCAGGAAAGCUUAAUUGGCAUCGCUCUUAAUUGGUAUACGCUUUUGGAACCAACUCACAUUCGUUCAUGGAAAGAUCUGGCUGAUGCAUUCUUGAGGCAAUAUGGAUACAAUAGUGAUACAACGCCUAGUAGGUUGCAGUUGCAAAAUAUGGCGAAGAAGGAGUUUGAGGCGUUCAAAGAGUACGCUCGGAGAUGGAGGGAGAUUGCUGCUCAAGUGGUGCCACCUUUGCCUGAUAAAGAGAUGGCAACUAUGUUUAUAGACACUCUGGAAUCACCCUUCUAUGAGCGCAUGGUGAGUAAUGUUUCCUCAAGCUUUGCAGACUUGGUGAUAAUCGGAGAAAGAAUUGAAAUUGGUGUGAAGACAGGGAAGAUCACACAUGCUUCUGCCAUGAUAGCGAGUGUGAACGAGUCCAUUUCUAAACCUGGGAAGAGGAGAGAUCGGAAAGCUCAAUCAUGUCCCACUGCUCAAAUACCCUUGACCUACCCUCAUUCCGGAGCCUUUCCAGGACAAAAUUGGAGAACCGAUUCGAACUCAACUUCCCACCGAACCACUGUACAGGGAAAUGUUAAUCAAGACAAUAGACUUGUGAGUUUCACUCCUAUCCCUAUGACCUAUGCAGCAUUGCUCCCAAGUCUUCUCCAAAGAGGUUUGGCCUCUAUUUGCCCGAUGAAGCCUGUCAAGCCCCCGUACCCUAAAACUUAUGACGCAGAUGCAAGAUGUGAUUAUCAUGGAGGGGCUAUUGGCCAUUCAACUGAAAAUUGUUGGGGACUCAAGCGUAAAGUGCAAUCCUUGAUUGAUUCAGGACAGUUAAAGUUUGAAUGA